AUGCAAACUUUCAGCUCAACAGACUCAAUAAAUGUUAAGGCUGGUGACAUGACAAUCAAGGGAAGCAGCGACGAACUUGCAACAGAAAUGCAACUGCGGGAAGAGAAGACAUGCCAGACUGCUGAUGAAAGCAAACGAGAGAUCAGUAUUGCUUUGAAAAUGUGGAAAGAGACUUUGGAAGCGGAAAACAAAAAAGAAGAUUCUGGGAUUUUACGACUGCCAUUAUAA